UUUCCCUCCUCCCCGAUGGCGACUUUUCCAAGCUUCCGGGAGGCUGGCAGAGCGGCUUCCGGUACGGAGGCGGCCAUCUUGCUCGGCGGAAACAUGGCGACCCAGCCCGGAGGAGGCACGGUGGCGGGGUCCUCCAAGGCGACCCCCCAAAAGUCCUUCUUCUGGUCCUGCUUCAGCUGCCGCAUGCUGACCGGCGGCGGGCUGGCGGGCGCCGGCCUCUGGGUCCACUUGGGGGUCCGCCGGUCCUUGCCGCACAGUAGGCCCGGGGACCUCUAUAAUAUAAUCCGGCUGGUUUUAGCCGUCAGUCUUUAUUCUGCGGCAAUCGUAAUCAUCGUGGACCCCGUCGAGCCAAAGUAGGACGAGGAAGGUGUACUUUCAUCAGCGAAGGGUUCCCGAGACGUACCUGGAGGCAACCCAGAGGGGAAGUGUGGGGGGGAGAAGCCUUUCAUUGGGAGGUUGGCCUGUUCAUUAAGACAGGAGAGAAACGUUGCUGCUUUUUCAAUCUUCCGCGGAAAAUGCCU